AUGCACCCGGAGGAUGCAGCGGAUCAUAAAGAAGCUGAUCCUGGUACUUCGUUUGUGACGCACAGGGGUUCGUACUCUGACUUCGAAGGAAGUGACGCUGGAGAGGCACCACAACCGCGAGAAGCUUUAGAAGCAGCAGAAGAGCAAUCGCAGGAUGAGGACUCUGAGUAUGAGGACGAUUGUGAAGCGGAAGAAGAUGCUUACAGCGACGCCUUCGAGGUUGAAGCUUCAGAUGAGGAUGUGGCUGAGUCCAGCUCUAGAGAUGAGAAUCCCGCUGAUCUGCAGAGCCCUUCAAAUGCCGGCAACAGCUCUGAGGGCACCGGAUCUCCAGCCGCUCCUGUGACUGCAGCUGUGACCAUUGCUCCUGUAAGUGAGCCCUCGGAAUCUGCGAGCCAAUAUUCGGAGCCAGAGGAAGAGGAGCCAAAGUUGGAGGAGCCUGACGAGCCGGACGAGCCGGAGGACUAUUCAGAGGAUCUUGAGAUUGAGGCUGAGCAAGGAAAUGACUACUACACUCCAAGUGAGGCAUCCGAUCCAAGAUCUGAUGGUCGUAUGGACGUGCGACAGAGCUCAAUACCCAGCUAUGACGAAGAAGAUAUCUUCGAGGAGGACUCUGGGGAGUCGUUGCAUCCCCCGGAGACUAACUAG